AUGGGGCAUGCAGGGCAGGAAGACUCGCCAGGAAUGUUCCACCCCCAUGAGCAAGAUCCAGGCCCCACGGUCUCCACCAAUCGCGGGCCUUCCAAUCGUAAGCGUAGUCGUAUCCGUGGUCGCAGUAGACAGAAUACAAAUUAUAAUAUUCCCGAUCAGACCGAAAAUGUUAUUGCCCGACGACCCAGUCAUCCAGCGGUAGCUCUGGAUGCAUUUAGACGCCAUUCCAUCCAUUGUUACCAAAGUUUUCCAUCACACCUCCGUCCUCCCACAAGCUCAGGAAAACCUCCUACACGGAAUCCAAAAACAUCGAGGCACUCGUCCCGAGUAUCAGGCGAACACGAUCCAACAAGUUCUGGAGCCUCAAAUGCUGGAUCGGCAUCAGACGAAAACAGCCGCACAGGAAGAGCCCGGUACCCACGGUUCGGACAAUAUAGGAUGUCUCCAUCUCCAUCUCCAACCCCGAUUCCUACCAGGAAGCUGCUGGUAUUGGCAUUAAUCGCACUUGCUGAGCAGAUAAGUCUCAACAGCAUAAGUCCAUACCUUCCUGAAAUGGUCCGACAGCUUCCUGGGGUGGAACCUGAAAAUGUUGGUGUCAGCGUGGGUAUGAUCGCCAGUGCAUUUGCCAUGGCACAAUUUGUGACAAAUUUCUUCUGGGGCCAUCUCAGUGACAGGGUAGGCAGAAAACCUGUCAUCCUCUGUGGUACAAUUCUUACCGCUGGCGCCUUCGUUCUUUGGGGCUUUGCAUCGACACUAUGGCAGGCGGUAUUGGUACAAGCUAUUAUGGGUGCUGUGAACGGGAACCAAGGUGUCGUUUCCACAGUGCUGGGAGAAAUCACUGAUCGGUCAAAUCAGUCGGCAGCAUUUGCGUAUUUGCCUGUGGUUUACGGUAUCGGUGGUAUCUUAGGUCCUAUUCUAGGGGGGUUGCUUGCCUCGUCCCGGGAUUCUAAGUACAGCCUAGUUCGGAGGUAUCCUUAUUGCCUCCCAAACUUCGCAUCCGCCGCCUUGUUGGUGCUAGACUUUAUCAUCUGUAUCUUUUUCUUGGAUGAGAGUCUCGCCGAAGCGAGGGAGCUACCGCCUCUUACGGAGAGAGUACGGAACCUAUUCUCCUGGCUCUGGCAAUUCACCAGCGCUCUGAAACCGACAUACCUCAAAAGUGGACGUAGGAGAAAUGGUAGCCGGCCCCGUCUUGACCGCCCGCCCUCAAAUGAUCCGACACAACCGUUGCUAGGGACAAACCAAGCCAUAGAGGAAGAAUCAGAAGACGAUUAUUCUGAUGAUAGCGACCUCACUGGAUUCUUUACCUCAAGCAAACCAGUUCCCUGGAAACAGAUUCUUACUCCUUCGACCAUUGUCCUCCUAGCUACUUAUUCGAUUUUUAAUCUUGCUAUGGUUGGGUAUAACGCCUUAUACCCGAUCUUCGUAUCUUCUCCUGCACCCAUAGGGCGAGAUACUCCAGUUAGAGAUAUUGGUUUAUCUUUGGGAUUUUCUGGCGUUGUUACAAUAUUUUUUCAAGUUAUGUUUUUCGCUAGGCUUCAGGAUAAAGCCGGGAACGAAUGGAGCUUCAAGGCGUCUCUUGGUUUAUUCGCUUCGACAUUUUUUAUUAUGCCCUUUAUUGGCUAUAAGUCUACGAUUGGGACUCCCUUGCUAUGGACUGAGUUAGGGGCUGCACUGACGCUCAAGGUGGUUUCUUCGAUAACUGCUUUGACAUGUGCAAUGAUUUUGAUAACGAACUGCGCUCCUAAUCCUUCGUACCUUGGAUCUGUCAACGGACUAGCACAGACGCUAUCAGCGGCAGGCCGAGCACUCGGCCCACUUGCCGCGGGAGGUUUAUUCACACUUGGAACUAAGUACAAGAACCAUCACGGUGAAUGGAUACCCUGGGGUGUUUUUGGCGGUAUCGCUGUAAUUGGGUUUAUUGUCAGCUUUGGUAUCAGACAAGAAGCUGAGAAGUCCGACACUAAUGAAGUAGAUGGAGCUAAUGAUAUUGAAAAUUUGGGGCGUGUUUGA